CGCGUCAGUUAGCUAACACGGGAUUAAGGGCCUUCAGUUAAUGAUGACACACUUAUUUAUCAAAGGACACGACAGUCGGCACAUCUGCUUUCUCGGCCCAAACCACCCUGUUUCUUUGGGCAAAAGCAGCGGAGACGACGACGUCCAAUUUUGUCGAAACAGUCAGAGGUUUGAGGUGGGGUUUGCUCCGUAGCUAGCCAGCUAGCUAUAGUUGCUAACGUCAAGCAGCCAGCUAACAUUAUCAAACACACCUUAUCUGGUCGCCUCUUGCAGUAACGUUGCCCAUAUAUCUAUGUAAUAUAUCAGGCUUCCCAUUGCGGCUAGUUUGCAGUAGUUUAAAAUGGAAGACACUCAGGAAGAUUUCAUGGAGCAGGAGGAAACCGUGGACAGCGACGAACCAUCAUUGCCCCCCUUCAAUGCCCCUUUUCGGUCCACUCGACUGCACAUCCAGAGAAGUAAUGUCUGCUCUCGGGCUUAUUUCGUUGUGGUCAUGGUCUUCUUUCACGUGUACAUCCUGAAUGUCAUCGCCCUGCUGCUCUACGUGCACUACAACAACGGCCCCGGGGAUCUGGUCAGUGGGGACAGGGGCUCCUCAGCACCAGUCAGCGACACUGGAAGCCGUUUACCCCCUCCUGCCCCAUCCUCAGGAGAGCUACAUGUGGAGGACUACAGUCAAAGUUUCAGUCUUCCUCGCAUUGAGGGGAUACGGGUUGGACAUGUUCAGCAGGUGUCCCUUGUGCCUGACAGGACACAUGAGAUGAGGACACUAAGCCUAAAGCCUCUGCUAUUUGAGAUCCCUGGCUUCCUGUCAGAGGAGGAGUGCCGUGUGGUGGUGCAGCUGGCUCAGCUCAAGGGUCUGAUGGACAGCCAGGCAACAGCACCCAGCCAGGGACAAGAAGAAUCAAACCAGCCACUUCUUUCUCUCAGCACAGACGAGGUUUUCAGUCUGCUGGAUUUGAACCAAGACGGGCUGCUGCAGAAGCAAGAGAUUGUGAGUCAUUCACGUUCUCGAGAUGGUACUUGGUUGAGCCCAGACAACUUACGACAGAUACUGACUGGUCUGGAAGCCUGCCCAACAGGGAUGCUGACGUUGGGAGAUUUUAGGCGUGUUUAUGAUGUGUCCCAACGUCCAGGACAAGCACAAAGUGGGAGGCUCCAUAGUCGGUUCAAACAGAGAAGCAAGCAUACAUGGCUCUACCAAGGCCCAGGAUCUCACCAUGUGCUGCGCACACUCAGGAACAGAGUAACCAGUCUCACACGUUUGCCCUCUGCAUUGGUUGAACUGAGUGAACCACUGCAGGUGAUUCGCUUUGAGAACGGAGACUUCAGUAAUGCCCACCAUGAUAGCAGCCCUUCCCACUCAGAGACGACCUGUGCACACACACGACUGGCAGGGAACACAUCUGCUCUCACAGAGGUGUCCUGCAGGUAUCUUACCGUGUUAUUCUACCUCAGCUCUGUAGAGGAAGGGGGUGAAUCCACCUUUCCUGUGGCAGAUAAUCGUACCUAUGAAGAGCAGGCACUGGUCCAGGAUGGAGUUGAUUUGACAGACACUCAGGAGACAUGUGGCAGAGGGAAUCUGAGAAUGAAACCUACUGCUGGUACGGCUCUCCUCUGGUACAACCAUCUCUCUGAUGGUAGAGGUUGGAUGGGUGAGUUAGAUGAGUAUUCCUUGCACGGCGACUGCCUGGUCAGGCGUGGGGUGAAGUGGGUGGCCAACAGCUGGGUAAAUGUGGACCCAGACUACCAACAGCAGGCCCGCUACCAGAGACUAGUGGCUCAAAGGUAUCGAGCUAAAACUGGCAUGGAGGACCAUUACAAAUCUCUCUCACACAGUGACCUCCACCAGGAUCUAUAGCCGAGAAUUUUUAAUAGAGUCAGUGUGAUCUGGCAGACCUUUCCACAAAGUCAGAUGUUGUAGUCGAAAUGAAAAUUGCGCAAAAUGGCAGCACAUAACUUUUUUCAGUAAAUCUGUCUUGCAGGUUUGGUGAAUUUUAUUAUGGAUUUUACCAUAGACUUGUGGGGGCAGAUUGAUUGAUUGAUUUCUUCACAAAUAAUUUCUAAUAUCUAAAUAACAAAUACUCACAAAAUUAACAGGUGAAUUGUAAUCCCUAUGAAAUUGCACUUUAAAAAAUGAUCACUGAUUUAGAGUAACAGAUAUUUAUAGACGCCAUAAUGCAAGUUGGAAAAGAUGCAGUCAUGUUGAAGAAAUAGGCCUGCUUACCUGCCUUCUAUUUAGGUUUGCUAGGCAUCUGCCCCCGUUGCAGGUCAAUGUUAUGUAUAUUAUGGAAUUGAAGCCUUUUGUUACAAGCCAUAUCACAAUAUUCAUAUGUAAAUGUAUUCUUGAGGGAAGUUUUGUGAGAUCUUGUAUAUCUGUUUUUCACUUUUGUUUCCAGAGUUAAAGAGCUUUUAUCAUAAAGUAUUAUUUAAGAAAGGUUUGCUAUACCUUCUGCAAAAGCAGGGCUGCUCUAGCCUGGACUAAAGGAUCACUUGUCACACUGGCUGUGCGAGGCCCGUCCUUCAGGUGUAAUUUAAACUUAGAUCUUUGGUAUUCCAAUUUUUGUGUUUCUUUUUCUCACAAUUCAAACAUAUUUAAUUGUCUGACUAUUUAUUUGAGUGCUAUUUAUUGUCACCGCCUGGUGAUUUAAGUUAAAGUGAUGCAUAUUUAUAACGGCUUGAUGUUGCACUGAAUCUGUCACUGUGUUCUUAUACAUUUGUUAUAUGUUAUGAAAUAUAUAAAAGAAAUGUUUUAUUAGUGGUGU